UGGGGGAAGCAAGGAAGGAAGGAAAGGGGAGGAGAAAAGGAGAGAAGGGGGUGGAGAAGAGAGUAAAAACGGAGGAGGGGACCCAGUUUCCAUCUCUCACCACAGGAAAUCUGUGUGUGGUUUAAAUGCAAACCAGAGUCUCUUCUUGUGCGUAAGUGUGUGAGGAACAUACAGCAGCAUGGUCAGCCGCCUGGAGCAUCCUGCUGCCGGCUACAAGAAGAUCUUUGAGACAGUGGAGGAGCUGAACGAACCUAUACCUGCUAAGAUCACCGGAGACAUACCAUCAUGGCUGGGCGGCAGUCUUCUCAGGAUGGGUCCAGGUCUUUUCGAGGUGGGAGAUGAACCUUUCCACCACCUGUUUGAUGGACAGGCUCUCAUUCAUAAGUUUGACCUGAAGGACGGUCAGGUGACCUACUACAGAAGGUUUAUCAGGACGGAUGCGUAUGUUCGUGCCAUGACAGAAAACAGAGUUGUCAUCACGGAGUUUGGCACAGCAGCCUAUCCGGACCCCUGCAAAAACAUCUUCUCCAGAUUCUUCACUUACUUCAGAGGCAUCGAGGUGACUGAUAACUGCUUAGUGAACAUCUAUCCCAUUGGAGAAGACUUCUACGCCGUCACAGAGACCAAUUACAUCACUAAGGUUGAUCCUGAUUCGCUGGAGACUUUAAAGAGGGUGGACCUGUGUAAGUACCUGUCAGUGAAUGGAGCGACUGCCCACCCCCACACUGACGCAGAUGGUACAGUCUAUAACAUCGGCAACUGCUUUGGCAAGAACAUGAGCCUGGCUUAUAACAUUGUCAAAAUCCCACCUGCUCAGAAAGACCAGUCAGAUCCCCUGGAGAAAUCCCAGGUCGUUGUUCAACUACCCAGCAGUGAGAGGUUAAAGCCCUCCUACGUACACAGUUUCGGUUUAACAGACAACUAUUUCGUGUUUGUGGAGCAGCCGGUGAAGAUCAACCUGCUCAAGUUCCUGUCGGCCUGGAGCGUCAGAGGAGCCACAUACAUGGACUGCUUUGAAUCCAACGAAAGCAUGGGGACAUGGUUCCACCUGGCCACUAAGGACCCAGCAGAAUAUUUGAGCAGCCACAAGUUCAGAACGUCAGCCUUCAACAUCUUCCACCAUAUAAACGCCUACGAGGAGGUGGAGGGAUUCAUCGUGGUCGACCUCUGCACGUGGAAAGGUUAUGACUUUGUGUAUAACUACCUGUACCUGGCCAACAUAAAGGAGGAGUGGGAGGAAGUGAAGAAAGCAGCGAUGACAGCUCCUCAGCCCGAGGUCAGACGAUACGUACUGCCGCUGGAUAUACACAGGGUAGAACAGGGAAAGAAUCUGGUGUCUCUGUCCUACACUACAGCAACUGCUGUUCUUCACAGCGAUGGCACCAUUUGGCUCGAACCUGAAGUCCUCUUUUCUGGACCAAGACAAGCCUUUGAGUUUCCACAGAUUAACUAUUCUCUGUGUCGUGGAAAGAAGUACUCCUUCGCCUACGGCCUGGGACUCAACCACUUCAUCCCUGACAGGAUAGUCAAGCUGAACGUACAGACCAAAGAGACCUGGGUGUGGCAGGAGGAAGAGUGUUACCCAUCAGAGCCGCUGUUUGUACCAACGCCUGGAGCUACAGAGGAGGACGAUGGUGUGCUGCUGAGCAUCGUGGUGAAGCCGGGUGCAGAGAGGCCAGGCUUCCUGCUUGUGCUGGAUGCCAUGAAACUGACAGAGCUGGCGCGGGCCGAGGUCGACACCAUCAUCCCCGUGACCCUACACGGCAUGUACAAACCGUGACACUGACCUUCAUCCUAACCCAGCCAAGACAUCCUUAUAUACACCACCUUCACUUCCCUGCUAGCACACUACAUUUUUUCAACUAGACUCCUCAUUUUCUGCGAGGUUAAAAGUAUAAUUUAAGCAUUUAUAUUUUCCACCAUUUUAUUAUCUUGUUAAAUAGCAUGCUAUUAUUGUUAUUUACAUUCCUCCUUAAAUUCAAGCUGGCUGACAUUUAAACAGUGGCUUGUAAUUGGUGGAGAAGAAAUAGUGCCUGUGUUCAGAGAGUUUACUUCAUACUUUGUAAAGUUUACUUUGCUUCUGUUGAAAUAUCUUGGCAAAAACAUUUACUGCAUGUUUGUGAAAUCCUCCUUGUAAAGCAGGAGCCAUAAUCAAACACAAUAUUUGUAAAACAUGUAUUUUAAAAGCUAUUUGCAUUUUCUUUUCUUAUUUUAUUCAAAUAAAAACAAUUACUUUACAAUUAUUAUUUUACAUUUUGUAAUUACGUUUCUGGUUACAGUGUAGUUGUUUCGACAACAAUUACUGUAAAUGCUACAUAUGAUGCUACGUUUGGAGAGCAGAUUUUAAUCUUUCAGAGAGGUGACUUCUGUGAAGAUGAAUUUAUAUAUAACAAAGUAAUGUUUUCUCCAUUUGCCAACUAUUAUGACCAGAAAAAAACUGAAUUAAAAAUCAUGCCAAGACAA